CUAGCCGAAUCACUUUCUGCAAUUUAUUCAACUGUCAUUGUACACAUUUAUCUUUAUACUUUUAGCACCAAAAUGCUUGGAAUUUCUGGAAACAUUCUUCAGAGGGAAUAUAGUUGAUGGAUUAUGAUGACUUGUCUUAAAGCAAGAUCAAGAAAGGGAAGACUACAAUGGACUAGCCAUAUGUUAGCAGUUUUCUUGUUUAUUGCUUGUGGUUUGGUACUCAAAACAUUAGCGACAAGCUUCAUCUUUACUGAAGAUCAAGUAGUAUACCGUUCUCGUCACUUGCUAUCGUCGGUGGAAUGGGAAAAAUGCGAUUUUGAAAUCGGAAAUACGCGAAACUAUUCCGAUCCGGGAAGCUGGUGGACUGGGAACUCGGCUUAUGGAUGGCUUUGUUUAUACGUGUUUGGGGUACUAGUGAUCUUCAUAGCUCUUGCUAUAGUAUGCGACGACUUCUUUGUUCCAUCAUUGGAAGCCAUCUCUGAAAAGCUCGAUCUUUCAGAAGACGUGGCCGGUGCCACCUUCAUGGCAGCGGGUUCUUCGGCACCAGAACUUUUUACAUCUGUUGCUGGUGUUACUGUGGAUAGUGACGUAGGAGUUGGAACAGUCGUAGGAAGUGCAGUUUUCAACCUCUUAGUAAUCAUUGCGCUGACAGCAGCUUUCUCUGGACAGACUUUGCAUUUAGACUGGCGACCCAUGCUUCGAGAUGGCAUCGCUUACGCUUUAUCAAUAGUUUUAUUUGCUGUUUUCUCUUGGGACGGCGUGUUUAAAUUAUAUGAAGCUCUCAUCCUGCUUGCUCUUUACAUAUUUUACAUUGGUGUCAUGAAGUAUAAUCCUCAACUGAUGGAUUUGCUCGCGGGAAUUGGGCCAAAGGGAGGUCAGGUCAGCCCUCAUCGUGCCCAAGCCAGUAAAUUAGCGACUACAGAGGUAGAGUCUUUGGUGACUGAACCUGAAGUCACGAUUCUACAGGGGAGUCAUGGUACACCAGCAGGCAAGCUUCCCCCACUUCACAAAGAGGGCGAGGCCGGUGAAAGAAAACACACUUCGCAACACAGCAUUCAUGGACGCCAGUUUGAACACGUACACAAAGGAGAACUGUCGUCUUCAUUUUUACACAUACCCCUACGACGCAGCCAGCACCACGACACGCCUCGACUCUCCAUAUCAUUUCCAAUUUUAAGGCAGUCUAAAUCACACAAUGAUCUUGAUCAGGUUCAUCGCAGGAGCUCCAUGCACAUGCAUCACCCAGAGCACAUCAGGAUCAAGUCCGUGGCACAAGGACAAAUCCAGCGUGAAAUACGACGCAACACGUUGAUGAUGCAAACACAUCCCCUCUCACAAACAACUGCAGACCUCGUUAUACCACUAGACGCCAAUGGCAAUGCUGCAGGGAUAUCAGAUAAGGAACCAGGGCCUCAGCCCACAGAGGGACAAGAUGUUGAAGGACAGAAGGCUGGCGACGACGAAGAAGAAGAGGGACGUAAGAUGAAAGUGUGUCCUUGUCUUCCUGCAGUCUCUGCAGAGACUCCUGAGUAUCCAUCAGAUGAAGGAAUCUGCCUGGCAACAAUCAAGUUCAUUCUUAGCUGGAUACUCUUUGUAUUGAGCUUUCCUUUCGUAUGCCUGUAUACGUGGACUAUACCAGACUGUUCCAAACCUCAUAACCGGAAAUACUUUUUAAUUUCGUUCAUAAUGUCAAUCGUUUGGAUCGCCAUCCUCAGCUUUGCCAUGGUCACACUGGUCGGACGUUCUGGUUGUAUUCUUAGUGUGGAUAAGUUUACGAUGGGUUUGGUGGUGGUUGCCAUAGGAACAAGUGUACCUGAUGCCCUGAGCUCAAUCCUUGUUGCGAGAGACGGAUACGGAGAUAUGGCAGUAUCCAACGCUAUCGGCUCUAAUGUCUUCGACAUCAACCUUGGUAUUGGACUACCAUUCGUCAUUAAAAUUCUAAUUGACGGUGAAUCCAUUCAGAUGCUCUCUGAAAUUGAACGGGACAUGUUUUCUUCUGGUGAAAUGAUUUUAGUACCACACGCCAAGUUUAGCUUCAUUCUACUGCUCAUCCUCGCCAUAGCCAUUUCUCUGGUCAUCCUCUUCAAGUUCCUGCUAAGCAAAAAGCUUGGAAUCUCGUUUGUAAUCAUGUACUGCAUGUUUGUCGCGUAUGCUUACAUUCAGGAUCUUUACUGCAACCACGAUUGCUGACACUGAAACCCAAGCCGUAGGGAUUGGGCUGUGCAUCUUUUACGUCCUUGUAGUUCUGAUUCCAUCAGUUUCUUUUUGUACUUGAUGCAACCAUGGUUGUUGAAAACAUUUUGAAACCAUACAYUAUGGAGCGCACUGCAAAUUUGAUCCCCUUUGGGUGAACCUUUUCUCCAAGAGUUUCUUGGCUUAGCCAAAAUUAUUAAAAAUCUUCAUCGCCGAGGCAAUCAGGACACUUUUCGAUGUACUUAAGAAUUCUUUCUUCAUCUGUUCCAUGUUGUACUUGAAGGAGCUAUUUUCGUUUAGACCAUUCCAUUACCAUACGAAAUGCUCUGAAAAUUGGGCAACCUUACCUCAGGUUCUACAUCAGCCGUACUCUGUACUUGGUGCAGCCACGAUCAUUGAAAACAUUCCAUUUCCUAACUACAUCGAUUGCUGAUACACCGCCUGCCAAACGCACGCACGGAUUCGUACAAUUUAGUAUAGGUAUAGGUAUAAGAAGUAUAGGUUUUGGUGGGCAUCAAUCAGGCGUUUCGAUGACAUUACAUUAGAAGCGUGUCAUUAAAAGCUUUGUUUUCCGACAAUAUCAUGGAAACAAAUUGAUUGACAUUCAUCAAAACUUUUUUUGUUACGACAGAAAAUUACGAUUUCGCGCGUGCGACUGCAAAACGCCGUAAUUUUGGCACCUUUUAUUGUACUUGACAAAGACCUUUAUUGUUCUACUUGAUGUCGCAUUUUAUAAUAAAACGUUUUGAAAGCGUUCAUUUUAAAGCAAAUCUUAGACCUUGCGUUUAUUGGUCGUAUUUGUAAGAUUUCUUUAUAAUAGGGCAUUCAAAUAUAGGAUCCCGUGAGGGAUUAUUUGUUGUUGAGUGAGUUGAUGUCUUAAAUUGCCGCCGCUUGUAUUUAUUUAUGUUCAAGCAAUACACAAGUUGCAAAUAUGCCAAAGAAAAUAGUUUGUAGUUUGUUGUCAUGCUACAAUAUGAGUCACCUAAAUUUGUAUGGUUAAGAUGCAGCCAUAAAAUAUAACAAUGAAACAUUCGCCAUGUUGGUUAAUAUAACAAGACAAUUGUCCAGUCAAUCAACAUGGCGGCUAUGAUGUAACAUGCACCCCCAAGACACCCUUCUGGCUGGAAAAUUUAUCGAAGUCAAAGCUACAGAAAUAGCCAGAAAACAGUGUUUUCUCACUCUGCGAGUGAAAUCUAACAAGGCAAUGCAAGGAACUGAGUUUGCCACAAUUUGAUGAUGACAGUAUUCUCUUGACUUGCAAAAUUUUUCACUUCAUAACUGAAACUGAUGUACGUCACAGCAAGUAGCUUGAAGAAACAAUAUGUUGCAUCUCGAACUCUUGAGUUUUACUCUUGGAGCAGAUCUGAAUUGCAUUUUUUACUCAGUGUUUUAAAGAGCCAGCAGCUAACAUCUUGUUCCGUGUAGCCGUCAUUUUCUUUAUCCAUCUUUCCAUUUUUGUGCUCUCAUCUUCAAGAACCUAGAAAACACAUUGAUUAUUCCUCUUGAUUAAAAAAUACUUCUGAACAGUAUUUCUUCUAAGUUUUCUUCAAUCAUUUGUGAAUAAAAACCCUUAUAUUUCAA